UUUUCCACCGUAAGGAAAGAACAAGUGUUAAAGUCGUGAAUAUUUUACAAAUGUUAGGAGCAAAUUCCCCAGUUCCAGUAUUGACACAAUCAGUGUAAUCAACGGUUAUUACAACUUUCAAACUUUUCCACUUCAAUGUAACGAAAUUAGAGGUUCGUUUUUAUAUCACUGGGUAUGUAUUUAAGUAAAUGGAACACUGUAAAGUACACACAAACACUAAAAAUGUCUGCACGUGUGUCACCUCAAGUCGAAGAAAUCCCACCCAUGUAUUUCAAAGUCCACUUAAAAAUCUUAUUUUAUCUAGGUAUCGAUAUAAUCCCUAUUGAAACCACCGCACGAAGCAUCCUUUUCCACAUUUACUCUCUAUUUAUAAUAGGAUUGAUGUUUCUCUUCACCGUAACCGAAUUUAUCGACAUGGUGGUAAAUUUUGAAGACAUUUAUAAACUGACUUUCGCUUUAUGUUACUUCGUCACGCACGUUCUGGGCACCGCAAAAAUGUUUUUGAUGUUGGCACUGCGAAAAAAGCUGUGGCACCACUUAGAAACCCUAGAAACUGGUAUUUUCAAACCAAACGUGAAAAGGGGCGGAGUUAAAGAAAUCCAAUUGGUUCGAGACGCCAUAAAUCUGUGUAAACGACAAGGCUAUUUUUUCUACACUUUUGUGAUCGUGAUAAUUGGUGCCCGAACGAUUUACGCAGCCUUAGCAAACUUACCAUACGACAAACACAAUUACGUGGAAGGUAACGUAACUAUCAUAGUAAACAAAAAAAUAAUGCCUUAUACCACUUGGAUGCCUUUUGACUACAACGAUAGCCCUCUGUACGAACUAAUUUUUGCUUUCCAAAUAUUCAGUACCGUGGUUUAUGGGUACUAUAUAGGUGCUGCAGAUGCCGUCAUCUGUGGGUUUCUAAUUCUCAUCAAAGCACAGUUUCUUAUUCUUAAAAGAGAACUAGAAACUUUGAUCGACAGAGCUAAAGCGGAAGCGAAAAACUCCGUAGACGAGGGAGAAAAAGUACGAUUACCGCACGGGAUACAACGUGUCGAACUCUUAAACCCGCAGACGCAAGUGUACGCUUCUAAAUUCGCAAACGAGUGUGCUUUUCACCACCAAGAACUAAUCACCUUGUGUGACCAAUCAGAAGACGACUUCUGCUACUUGAUGUUGUUGCAGUUUAUAUCAAGCCUAUUAAUUCUGUGUUUCCAGUUGUUUCAGUUGAGUGUGUUGUCGCCAAACAGCGUCGAAUUUUUUAGCAUGUCCAUGUAUCUAGUACUAAUGCUUUUUCAACUACUGUGUUACUGUUGGCACGGCAACGAAGUCCAACUAGUCAGUGGAGAAAUUGCGUCCAACGUGUUUGAUAUUGAUUGGAUAGUUAUGAAUGAAUCUGUCAAGAAUUCGCUCCUCCUUAUCAUGAUGAGAAGUCAAAGACCGAAUUUUUUCACAGCUGGGAAAUUUUCGCUCCUGUCGUUGCAAACCUUCAUGACCAUUGUACGAGGCGCCGCUUCGUAUUUCAUGUUUUUGAAACAAAUGAAUGCUUAAUUAAUUAAACUAACAAGUGUAUUUAGCGUAGAUUCAUUUUAUUGUGCAUGGCUCUCUCUUCUUCGUACAUUUUCACACUAACUAAGCAGUCCCUCCCCAUUUUGUAUAACACAUAAUAGUUAAAAAACAACAUGAAGGUGAUUGAGAUUACGUUGUGCCACGCUAUGGUGUAAAACAGUAGUACCAACUGCACUAACACCAUGACACCAUGGCCUACUGAUAAGCAACAAAGUGAGUUACUGGGGUUGCGAAAUAAUGAAUAAAAUCUGGCGUAUGUGGCAUUGCCGGGUUCACUAGCGUUGCAUUCACCUAGAGCGCGAUACACAUCUUUGCCGUGUUUGACUAGAGCCCCGUAUGGCCAUAAAGUGUCUUCGUUCCAGUUGUUAUUAACCAGUAACAUACUCCGAGUUUCUAGUUUAUACCAAGUCCCUAAAUGUAGCGCAGACCGGUGUAAAAUAUCACAGUAACGUAACGACAAAAUAUGAGAAGUAAAAGCCAUGAAGCUGCUGAAAAAAAUGAAAAUUACGUGCUGAGUAGCCCAAUAGACGUCAUAGUGGAGGUGGUUCUGGAAACAAAAAUAGUAACUUUUUUUUUUAUCAAGUUGGUUAAAAAAAACUCACUUGUGCAAAACAACACGGUAUAAAACCAGCAUAAUAGGCAUUGAUUAUUGAACUAAAAAGGAUUUGUUUUACUCGACUGUUGAAAUUAGUUUUUAGAUUUUCCACUUCUUGGCGGACUUCAGUGGCAUUGGAACGACAGGCGUGAAGUGGAGGAAUCGACGACGUGUUCCAAGUAACAAGUUCAAAAAACGGGGUGAUUUUGCAUCCGAAUAAGAUGAGAUACACUAGAACUCUACAAAGCGUGUCUUGGAAUUUCAAUCAACCACAAACUUACGGGUAACAUAAGUACAGGAUGUUGACAAAUGGGUGGCUUUGCAUUAUAUAGUAGGCACACCACGUGAGUAGGGUAAAUAUCGCCCCAAACAAAAUCAACCUGUAGCACAUAAACGACAAGUCCAGACACCUGGGUUUGAUUAACUUCUCCAGGAUUCGACAACCCACGAUAUAGAUGAGUCUUCUUGACAGCAUGAUUAUGAUAAAAGUGGCUAAAUUUAUAUCAAUUAAAUAAAAGUUCUGCAAAGUA